AUGAUCACAGAAAACAUCUCACGCUCACCAGUUGAAUUAAAGCUCUGGAUCAGUGCCACGUGCCUCACUCUCUUUCACAAUGGGGGCUGCAGCUUCUUACAAGAAAUGAAUUACCUCGCCAGCUAUCUCCAGAUGCAAGCAAGGGCAGAAGGCAUUGUAGUCCCUCAAAGUCACCAGCUCGGGAUAGUCUUCAUGGUGCAAAACUUAAAACAGAUCAACUCCUGCAUCAAUAAUCUGCACUCACCUGACUACCUGGACAGAGUGAUCAUCUGUUUCCCGGCGGCUAAAGAAUUCAUGAUCCUCAAUGAAAUGGAGCUGAAUAGCCCAGAUAUCAAACACCGACUACACCACACGAUGUUUAUGCCAAGCGGUCUGAUUCACACAUUACGGAAACAACAACCGUUUAAUCCGCCAGAAAGUGAAGUAUCCUCUUGGGAGCACAGGUGGAAAAUAAUCCUUGAAGGCACCGACCCACUAGCGCGAGAGCUGUACUGGGAGUAUUUCGGGCUAAAUAGCCUCACUCAGGAAAACACUGAAUCCGCCUUCAAAUCGCUCCUCUGGGCGAGUGAACUCAACGUGAAAGCAUUAUGGAACCUAAUUGAAAGUGGUCGCAAAGUGAAGGUAGUAACCACGACGGGAAUGGAGUCACUUCAAACGGAUCCCAAACCUUGCAAGGCUGAAGCCAACAUCACCGGAACUAGCAAAAUCAAAGCGCGAAUCAUCAUCCCAGGUCAGUGUUCCUAUGAGCUUUGUUGGAAGCCAAGAAGACCACUCCUUAAAAGAGACCAUCAAAUUGAUGAAUGGCUCGACCAAAAAGCCUUCAUAAAGAUGGAAGCAUGGACGAACCGGAACUUUCUAACACACGAGCGGCUCCAAUCACUAGACGCAGAGGUGCAGUCAAUGGACAUCAAUGCCACUCCAAUGCUGGGCCUAGAGAAACGCCCGAGAAUGUUAUCGUUUGAUGAACUCAACCUCAUCAAGGAUGUCUGGUUCAGAAGAUGGCAGAAUGCUGAUCUGUGGAACCCCAACUACUCUCUUACAAAGAUUCUGGACACCUCAACUCUCAAAUUGUGGAACUGUCUACAUCGGAUCCUAAUUCUUGAGUUGGAGGAAGACCUCCAAAAGCGCGGCAAUAGUUUGGCGACAAUGAUGAACCUGUACUCGAUCUCCAAAUGCUUGGAAGUCGUCAAUGAAUGCGGAAAAGAACUGAGAACAAUUAGCGGCUCAGGCGGGAGUUCUAACUUGAUUAACUUAACAUCACAUUUCCUGUCAGUCGUUUUCUAA